AUGUUCCAAAGAUAAGUAUGGUCCUCUAACACUCAAGAAGUCUCUGUCCAGCUGCCCUUUAAGAUGCCAAGAUGCCUGUGGGUUCUCUUUCAACCUCUAUUUUGGCUAGCAUGAUACAAGUUAACAAUGUGCCUCCUCCUCCACUUCGAAGUAUACCACGCCUGAGACUGAGAAAAACCAUUAAUUAUAGUCGGUUGAAUGCCUUAUGCCACAUUAGAGGACUAGAGAGCAGCCGGCAUUCUCCCCUUUAUUUGGAAGCUCACAAUAAAUUCAUCAAACAAUAUCCUCAAAUAUUCCGGCAUGAAAAAAUAGUAUUGCCUGAAGUUCCUCCCCAGAUUGACAAAAGCAAAUCUGGUCUAAAGGCAGCAAAGAAACACUCACUGGAGAAAUCACACAAUGUAUCUACAUAUAUUAGACAAGUUCGUGGUUGUUUUGAUGAAGAAGAAAUAUCUCCAGAAGCAUUCCUGGAGUUCUUAGAUAUCUUAAAGAAGCUGCCAGUACAUAGAACAGCACAAGAACAUAAAACUGUGUGGAAAAUUUUGAAGAGUAUUCAAGCAUUAACCUCUCAACUUAGCAAUGAGGAUCUGAAAAUCUUGAGUAAGAAAGUCAUGUCUGAAACCUGGAUCAAAGGUAGCACAGUGAUUGGUGAAGAUGGACUUUAUGUCAUACUGACGGGCCAGGCUCGACAUUGUCUAAAGGUGUUUCGAAGUCUGACUGAAGAAAACGACUCAGUCAUCUCUUCACUAUCCAGGGAGAGUUUUCUUUUUGACGCAAAGUUAAAAGAUUCUACAGUGAUUGAACUAUACGUACCUUCAAAGAAAUUAACAUUGAAAAAGUGGAGUGUCUUUGGAUCACUGAAAUAUACACCUGAAAUGGAUGAAAGUGAGCGUGCAGUUGUGAUAGAUGAUGACUGUGAAAUCCUGAAAAUACCAACAAAGGAGUAUGAGAAAUUAAAAUUGGAAAAAGUGAAACAAGAAAAUGCAUACAAAUUGAAAUUAAUCCGCAAGUGCCCUUUUUAUGAAAGCUGGCCUACUUUAUCCAUAUGGGAGCUAGUUUCACUUACUAAAUUCAAAGUUUUUCCUCCAGGUCAUGUGUUAGUAGAAUGUGGAACUGUCAUUUCCUUUGUGGGUUAUAUCAAUUCUGGAUAUUGUAACAUUUACAGAAAUAUUGUUGGAUUUGUAGACCUACCAGCAAACAAAGUGAAAAAAGUUAAAAAACUUGUUUAUAUGGGUCAACUUAAGGAGAAGGAAUCCUUUGGUGAGAUCAGUAUUCUUCUUCAAGAACCCUUCACAUGCACAAUUAUUACUGGACGAGAAGUUGAGAUGGCAGUUAUUGAAGAUAAGGACAUACAUGCACUGGAUCCUGUGACCAAAGAACUUAUGAUUCAAACCGCAAAACCAACUUUUGAGCAUCUGACAGAAGAAGAUAUAAAAUGUAAAUAUAUAAAAACUGUACAAGAAAAAGAAUGGAAAUAUUUCAAGAAUAAGACAAUUAAAAGAAUCUUGCAUUGUAAUGGAGUUCGUCCUGGCUUUGGAAAAUGGAAACACCACUGGCCAUCCUUCCCAAAGAAUUUCAAGAACACUGUUAUCAGUUAAUCAUGAUAUAAGCCUCUUUAGAGACCAUCUUUAAUAUCUAAUUGGUUUUUGCCUUUUUAUUUUAAUUACUUUUUAGAAUUGCUUUACAUAGUUAUAAUUAUAUAGAACUAUAUUUAUUUUAUUUUCUAUAACAGAUAUUAAUAAUCUUUCUGGCUAUUUAGUUACAUAUUACUUCUCAAUAUAUAUACUUGGUAUAACUAAAUGAUUUUUAUAUUGUCAUAAGUUUUUCAUUGUGAGAUAGUAUAUUAUAAUGAAAAUAAAUGGUAUCUUCCAUA